CUUUGUCAUCAUCAAUUUCUGUGGAAUCGACGACGAUUGCAAACAUUGCCAAAUUCCACCUUUUUCAACAGGUUCUAGGGAAGUGGAAAAACGGACGGUACAGUUCUGUGCUUGCCGCGAAAGUGAUUGCAUUUGCGUGUUGGUGGAAUAUUUUAGCUCAUACAUCUCGAAACCAAUACCAGGCUCCAUUUAUAGAAUUGGACAUGGGACGACAAUAAAAGCAAAACAAAACAGUACCGUUGACUGUUUCCCUUUCACUCGAACCCCGAGUGUGGAUUUGCCACAUCGAAGGAAGAAUAAAGAAGGCGGUGUGUGUGUGUGUGUCGCUCAUCGGUUCGGAUAAAUAAUCAGUUAUCCCAGCUUUUCACUUUCGAGAUUAUCAGUUGUUGUGCAGAUAGCAGAUACCGUAGUGUACCAUACAGUCGCGCUUAUUAGAUAAGCUGAAAUCGCUCGAUGUGCGCGGGAGGAAUGGGUAAAAGUGCACUUGAUGAAUAGUUAUGAACAUUUUUAACGCGCGCGCGAAUCGAUUACGAAAACAAAAAAAACUGAACCAUAAUGAAACCAAGCACAACAAAACAGGCGAACGCGGGCGCGCCAAGCCCGACUGCGAGCGUUAACAAACUUCCGGAUGGGUUUGCGUCAGCAAAUGGUUCCUCCGCUGGCGAGAGGAAGUUUGUCGAUUACUCUAGCAUUCGGGAGAAGACUGUUCUGGUUGGACCGACCGAGGACCAGUUCGAUCUGUUGAUGCAGCGAUUAGAAGAACGCAUCUCGGCUAGUCGUGGUGAGACGGUGUACGAAAUUGGCAUCGGAGAAGAUGGCAGUGAAAAUGGAUUAGAACAGGACGAGUAUGCUGCUUCGCUGGCAACGCUCCAAUCCCUGGCAGCGAUGCUGCGCGCGGAGUGUGUUGAGCUGCGUACCCGUAAGGCGGAGAAAGGUAUCACUGGUCAGUACCUGAUCCGGCGGAGAGUCGAGGAAGACGAUUUCACCGAAGUACGGGUUGCCGUCGUCGGUAAUGUAGACGCCGGCAAGUCUACGCUGCUCGGCGUGCUGACCCAUGGGGAGCUGGACAAUGGACGUGGCUUCGCUCGACAGCGUCUGUUUCGUCACAAGCACGAAAUAGAAAGUGGCCGCACCAGCUCCGUCGGAAACGACAUCCUUGGGUUCGAUGGUGUGGGAAAUGUGGUAAACAAGCCGGACCAUGGCACACUGGAUUGGGUAAAGAUUUGUGAAAAGUCCGCCAAAGUGAUCACGUUCAUCGAUUUGGCCGGUCACGAGCGAUACCUGAAGACAACGGUGUUCGGCAUGACGGGACACGCGCCCGAUUUUGGAAUGUUGAUGAUCGGAGCAAACUCUGGCAUCGUGGGAAUGACGAAAGAGCAUCUGGGGCUUGCCCUGGCACUGUCGGUGCCGGUGUUUGUGGUCGUCACAAAGAUUGACAUGUGUCCCCCGAACAUUCUGCAGGAGAAUCUGAAACUGCUAUACAAAAUACUGAAAUCACAAGGCUGCCGCAAGGUACCGGUAAUGGUAAAAACGAGCGAUGACGUCGUGCUGAGUGCUACCAACUUCGUCUCGGAGCGGUUAUGUCCCAUCUUCCAGGUAUCGAACGUAACGGGGGAAAACCUGGACUUGCUGAAAAUGUUCCUCAACCUGCUGAACGUGCGCACCACAGGGAACGAUGCUCUGCCGACCGAGUUCCAGAUCGACGACACUUAUGCUGUACCGGGUGUAGGAACUGUAGUGUCCGGAAUCACGUUGCAAGGUAUCGUGCGGUUAAACGACACGCUGUUGCUGGGACCGGAUCCGCUGGGUGAUUUUCAACCGAUCACAAUCAAAAGUAUCCACCGUAAGCGGAUGGUGGUUCGGGAGGUGCGCAGUGGCCAGACGGCUAGCUUUGCGCUGAAGAAAAUCAAGCGCUCCCAAAUCCGCAAAGGUAUGGUAAUGGUAAGCCAGGCACUGAAUCCACAGGCCUGCUGGGAGUUUGACUGUGAGAUACUGGUGUUGCAUCAUCCGACGACGAUUUCGAGCAAGUACGGCCGUUGGUCGGCAAUGGUGCACUGUGGCAGCAUUCGGCAAACGGCACAGAUACUGCAAAUGUCCAAGGAAUGCCUUCGCACCGGCGAUAAGGCUGUGGUACGCUUCCGGUUUAUCAAAAAUCCCGAGUACAUGAAGCCCGGCCAACGGAUGGUGUUUCGCGAGGGCCGAACAAAAGCGGUCGGCAAUGUGAUUCAACCGCUGUACACACCCGGCAGCAUCCAGCAACGGUCCAAGCCGAACAAAAUGCAAUCGAACCGUGGUCUGACCGGUGGAAUGAUGCAGAGCGGUUCGGGAUCGGCAUCCGUGAAUUUGCCACUGUCCAAGGGCUCCAGUGCAACGGUUGACGGUACGGCGGCUGGCACGGACAAUGGUACGGCCAACAGCUCACCGAUAAACGAUUCCACACCCGUGCUGGACAUUGGAACCGACAAGAGGAACCAUCGGCCACCGGGAGGCGGUAAUAAGAAGCGCAUGAAUAUGGUUGGCGGGACGGCAGCUGGCACCAGUGCGGCAUCGCAAUCCACUGCUGCGACCAGUUUACAGUCCGCUAGCGGGAAGGUGUUAUCGACUGGCGGCUCUGCUGCGACAUCACAAUCGGUGGCUUCGAAUUCUUCCGGUCCGUCGAGCUCGGGAACGGCGGUCGCAGUCGACAUGGGCAAGCUAUCCAUUGCUUCCAACUAGAUAAGGGUUUAAUUUGUUGUUGAAUUGCGCUGAAUGAGUGCAGCAUUGAACUAUGUGAGCGACUCAACGGGCUAUAUGCGAUGGGAAGUUCCAUCAUUUGCGGUUGAAAACCGGCAGCAGCAUAACAAGCAGUUUUGCGUUACAAAAUCUCUUACCACCGUUUUUGACAUCGCGCGUUUACUGCGCGAUGGCCAUAAUCUGGCAAAUUUUGCAAUUUAAUACUUAGUAUGCAAACAGACACCUGCCAGCAAGCGUGUAACGUUCUUACUCGCAAAGAUUUAUAUUUUUUUACCUUCUUUUGACCUUUUUUUCUAUUAAAUUUAGUCACCGAUUUGAGUUACUGUUGCAAGUAUAUUUGACGUGUGAAUCUUUAAGGAUGAUAAGUUUUGAGCAAAAAGCAGCAUCCAAUAACCCGGAUUAUAAGUGAGCUGAGAAUUGAGAGGGGGGGCUAACCAUUUUGUGGGAGAGAAUACUAAUAGUUCGAAGUUACUGCAAAUUAACCCGAACCCGUUGAAUUGAAUUGCAAAACACGCGACACAAAGGUACAUUUUCAAAAAUACAAAUAAAUUUUAAUUACAUUGAAGCACGG